CCUUUGUGAGUUUCCGUACCAAAGCUACUUGCACGUGUCUGACAUUCUACAACAAACAGCUGAUCAGUUGUGAAGUAACAGAAUUUACAUCAGUUGCAUAAAUUUGAACUUGCAGUCAUUUUGUAAUGAGCUAUAUUUAUGGCACUGGCUGAUAACAACGGAGGUCGCUUUAUUUUACUUUUUAGUAUUUUCUGUCAUUGAGACGUGUAAUGGAUACAGUCUAGCCGAUUUAAAGAGAUGUCCGUACAAAGACGUGUUGAAUUCAAAUAGUGUAAUCGCUUAAUCAUUUGAAAAAAAAUAAAGUGUAAAAAAAAAAUGGAGCCUGUAAUCAGUUUUUAUCCAGGUGUUACUAAGUGGGAUAUCCGGAAGAAAGUUUGGGACUACAUUGAAGACAAUAACUUGGCCAAUUUUCCAAGACCAGUUCAUAACAGAAUACCUAACUUUAAGGGAGCCUCCCAAGCUGCAGAAAAGCUGACAGGUUUAGAGGAAUUUAGAACCAGCAAGACUAUAAAAGUUAACCCUGACAAACCCCAGCAACAGGCCCGCUUUCUAACCCUUGAUGCAAGAAAAACCUUAUUAGUCCCAACCCCGCGCCUGAGGACAGGGUUGUUUAAUAAGAUCGUCCCCCCUGAGGGAGCUAGCAAGGAUAUAUUGAAGAUAUGCUCGACGUCCCAGGGAGUGAAAGAGUACAGUGUGCCCAUUGGACUGGAUGCAAAAGUGCAGGUGGACUUGGUCGUGGUGGGGUCUGUGGCAGUGUCUGAAAAAGGAUGGAGAAUAGGGAAAGGAGAAGGAUUUGCAGAUAUGGAAUAUGCCAUGAUGGUCUCUAUGGGAGCUGUUAGCCAAUCUACCAUUGUUGUGACUAUUGUCCAUGACUGCCAGGUUGUUGAUAUCCCUGAGGAGCUGGUAGAUACCCAUGAUCUAACAGUGGAUUAUAUCCUCACCCCAAGUAAAGUGAUUAAAACUGAAUGCAAACACCCGAAUCCAAAGGGGAUUAUUUGGUCUAAGGUGGAUUUAAACUUAUUGGGAAAGAUACCUAUCCUUAAAAAACUGCGCGAGAUGGAAAAAGAGGCAGGGAAAGAUGUGACGCUGAAGACUGAGCUUCCAGGUGCUACUGAGAACCCCAGCUCAGCAGAGGCCGAGGGAGCUCAAGCUGUGGUGGGGAGCGCCAACAACAAAGACUUCCACUCUGUCAGAAAGACAGAAACCACAAGGCCAGAUGGGAUCACCACCGUUUACAUUGGCAAUAUCCCCCAGAAUCUGAGCGUGAGGGAGUUCAAGACUGUUCUGCGGGAGCACGAUGCAGUGCCUUUGCGUCUGAACUGGCAGGGAGCGAAGCGGCGGGCUUUCUUAGACUACAAGGACCCGGGUACAGCGGAGAGCGUCGUGGCUGCUCUCAAGGGGCUCAGCAUCACUGGGAGCAGCAUCCGCGCCGAACUUGCAAAGAGUCAGAGAAGCCAGUGCAACCGUGGGCCAGCCCCCAGGAGACCCAAAUCAACAGAAGCUGAAAGUGCAGCUGAAGUGAAAAGCCUUUCAUAAACCAGCUGCCGUGUUGGGCUCUUACUGUGGUUCAUAUUUAUUUUGUGCAGUGUAGAGAGCUGAGAUUCAUAAUCCCUCCCCCCCCCCCCACAUUGAAAAUGCUUCACCAUAAAGAAACCCCUUAAAAAAAAAUACCAGAUGUUUACAAUUGGGUCUUCUGUUGCCAAAUCAAAGGAGUAAAUUUCCAUUUUUUCCAUUUUAACAUUAACCCAUCUACUUUAGUUAUAAUGGGAUAGUAUGAGUGAGAAGGGCUUAAAUCUUAACAGAGCACCCCAGUCUGACUAUGUGCUAGAUACUGUUGCAAAUUUUGUUUUAAACACAAAUGAUCAUUAAUCAACUGGGACUGAAGCAAUUCCACUGCCCCAACACUAUAGUUUACUAUUUAGAUGGCACAGUACUGCCUGCUUUUGUAAAAAUACGAUUCCUUCUUUACGGUGACUGCUGUUGAGAGGUUCUUUCAUUUAGACAGAAAUGUGUAGUAAAAUAGCAAGAUAAUCUGCUGUCAUAUACACUUUUAUUAGUUGGCAGACACAUAUUAUUAUUUAUUUGAAUUGCAGAGUAGGAAUGGCUGUGUGUAUUAAAACUGCAAGAUGUUUGGACUGCAGUGGUAGUCAUGAUGCUAAUCAGACAUUACUGUACUGCAUGGCUGUGCUUGGAUUGAAAUCACACACUCUUUCUAAAUAUGUUUCUAAUUAAGUGCUUUGGCUUACUGCUAUCCUGGUCUUGUUACUUUGGUUAAAAGGGGAUUUUAAAAAGCAACAGAUAUUAACUGUUGGCAGUACUUUAUUUUUGUAUUACCAUUGAAGUCCUGGAGAGACAGUUACAAAGAGAAAAUUGUAACUUCACUCAGGAUUGUGUUUAUUUAUAUUGAAUUGUAUGUUUGACAUGAAUUCAUUGAUUUGAGUUUGUAAAUUGUAUUACCACCAUAUCUCCUUUUAGUAUGUUUCAGUGUUUUACAUUUCUUGGCCUAGAAAAUAGGGGAGACUUGAUCUGGGUAUUUAAAAUCUUUACAGUGGUCAACAAAGUCAACCCCAGCCACUAUUUUAAUGAGAGACAGAGACCAUUCAGAAGCUGAGUGGAGACAGAUUCAGGACAGAGGAUAGGAGGUGCUUUGUGACACAGAGUGGUGGUGUAUGGAAUGGGUUUCUGAGCCAUUACAUACACUGUUCAUAACUUUCGUCAUGUUCUUAUUUGCUUUUGAGUGGUUUCACAAACCCCCUUUUAGCACUAAUCUUGACAACCCUACCUAAAGAUUAGUGCUAAUCAGGGUCUGUGAAACCAGCCCUUUGAAUAGAGAGAUUUUAUGUUAAACUAAUUUGAUCAAUUAAAAAAAAAAAAAAAAAAAAAAACUUCCCA